AUGGUGUCGUGCAAUUUAUUCACCAUUAAUGUGAGGAGUAUUAAGGAUCAGUUGAGACGGCAGACUGUUUUUGCAUUUCUUGACAGCCAGGCUUGUGAUCUGUACAUGUUGCAGGAAUGUGCCAUUCCCUUCUCUAGGUCCUACAAACAUCUGAUCCGGCAGUGGACCCACGGCCCUUCCUACUGGUCUGGGGGUAAUAGCUGUAAGUCCGCGGGGGUCGCAAUCCUGAUCAGGGGGGGCAUCUUCACGGUUGAUUCUGUGCUUGAGUUAGUCUGCGGCCGCUUGCUGGUCGUGGACGGCUCCUGGGCAGGGGAGCCUGUUAGGCUUAUCAACGUGUAUGCCUCCCCUGUGAAGGGCGAGCGGUUGGAACUUUUCCAGACCCUGCGGGCCCAGUUAGCAACCACCAGAGCAGUAGUGUUGGGGGGUGAUUUCAACUGCCCCAUUGAAGAGGACGGGCGCAGCUCAAGCAACGGUACGAAACUGGAUGUGACCUCCAAGCUGCUCAAAGAGAUGGUGACUGAAGCAUCCUUAAAGGACGCUGUUGGGUCCAUCGGGAACGGCACCGUGAAUUACAGCUGGUGCCGCCCCGAUGGCUCAGUGCGUUCUAGGAUAGACUUCGUGUUUACCUCCCGGACCAUCAAGCAGGCUGGGUGUUCCAUGGUCCCCUGCUUUUUCUCUGACCACAGGGCCAUUCGGUUUCAGGGGUCCCUGGGUUGUGGUUUUCCUCGAGGCCCAGGCUCCUGGAAACUGAACUGUGACCUGCUGGGAAGGGAAGAGGUUAUGGGGGAGCUGAGGGAUGCCUACAUCACGUGGAGGAACGAGAAAUGUUGUUUUGAACAUGUCAGUGACUGGUGGGAAUUUCUUAAGGUAAAAUUGCGUUGUUUCUUUCAGGUUAAAGGCAGGCGCCAGGCCUGUGAACGCAGGGGGAACUUCAAGAGACUCCAGAGAAAUCUGCAGUCCCUUCAGGACCUUCAGCGGUGUGGCUGGGAGGUGAGACAGGAUCUGGAGGAGACCAAGGAGGGCCUGAAAAGGCACUUUGAGGAAGAAUCCAAGCGCAUCAUCUUCCGCUCAAAAGUGGAGACUCUAGAGAAGGGGGAAAAAUGCAACUCCUUCUUCUUCAGGAAGCUUCACUCCGGCCACACACCCCUGACAGAACUUCGCAAUGAGACCGGCACCCUCCAGUCAGGAAAGGAGGGAGUGAUGGGAGUGGUCACCGACUACUACAGCUCCCUCUAUGCAGAGAAAGAGACGGACGAGACAUCGGCUGAUAAGUUCCUGUCAGAGCUCUUCGCCGAGUGCAUCAGACGGAAUCCAGAGAUCAGAGGGAUCACCGCACCAGGACCUUCCAGAUCCCAGAUCAAGUGCUCGCUGUACAUGGACGACGUGACCAUCUUCUGCGCUGACCAACCGUCGGUGAGAGCUCUCGUCCAGACCUGCGAGGACUUCGGCAAAGCUUCAGGUGCUAAAGUCAACUGCGGAAAGUCAGAGACCCUGCUCUUCGGAGAAUGGAACCUGACUUCGGACGCUGUCCCCUUCUCUAUCAAGUCGGACUUCAUCAAGAUUCUUGGAGUUUGGUUUGGUGGCGAGGGCGCUGCCCUGAAGUGCUGGGAUGAAAGAAUGGCGAAAGUACGACAAAAGAUUGGCCUCUGGAGCCUCAGAGACCUCACCAUCGAAGGGAAGACACUGGUGCUGCGGAACGAGAUUCUUCCUGUUCUGCAGUACAUGGCUCAGGCCUGGCCUCCACUGGCUACGGUCUGCAGGGCCAUCACAAGGGCAGUGUUUCACUUCAUCUGGGGCUCCAAGAUGGACAGAGUAAAGCGGUCAGUUAUGUACAAGGAGCCCCGCAAAGGUGGGAAAGGUGUCCUAGAUAUCCCCACCCUGCUGAGAAGCUUCUUCGUGUGCAACUGCAUCCGCCAGACAAUCACCUGCAAAGACAAGGACUCUGCUGGCAGCUCUAUGUCCCGCUUCUUCCUGUUGCCACUCUGGCGCGUGCUAGGGUGGGACAAGUGGGACAGCUCCUACCCUUUCAACUGGAACACCCCUUGGUUUUACCUGGAUGUUACAAAGUUUGUGAGGGAACACCAUCUGGAGGGAGUCAAGCCCGACUUGUGGAAACCAAAAACCAUCCACAAGUUGAUCAGAGCAAGAGACGAAAUGGAGUCUAUUCCAGGGCUCCCUGAAGACACCGCAAAGGUUGUUUGGGGAAAUGUUUCUUCAGACAGACUGACCAACAAGCACAAGGACAUCGCAUGGAUGGCUAUUCAGGGGGGGUUGCCUCUCAGAACCUUCAUGCAUGCCCGCAACCUGUGUAGAUACCGCCACUGCCCAAGGUGCAUCAUUCAUGAAGAAACAUCUAUGCACGUCUUCUGGGAUUGCAGAUUUACACAGGUCCUGCUUGAUGCCCUGGAACAUGAGCUCAGAGACUGUGUGCCAAGAAAUUUCCUUACACAUCACGCGAUGUUGUACGGACUGUUUCAGGGCACUCAUACGGAAGGGGCAAUUCAGGAAGCCUGGCGCCUUAUGAACUCUAUUAAGGACGUUUUGUGGUUUUCUAGGAAUCGCCUCAUCCUUCGGAGGGAGAGGACAGGCAUCCAAGACUGCCGCAGGCUGAUCCACAGUCUGCUGCGCGACUACAACAUCCGCGACAGCCUUGAGGAAGAAGAGGACUAAACUCCCUCUCCUUCCCCCUUGCCCUCCCCUCACUGUCAGUUUAAGUGGAAAAUAAAGCUUCGGGCAGAUUCAAAUUCCACUAUCCCCUCCCUAAUCCACCCCCCACCCACUCCCCCUCACCCCCGUUGCUUUAUCUGACAUACAGUAUUGUACCACGAAACAGAAUUUAAA